AUGGCUUUAUUGAACCUAAUCCUGCUUGGCUGUUCUAACCAGACCCUGGCGGAAUGCACAGCCGACAUGGACCCCGACACCUGGAACGCCUACCACAUCGUCAGCAACCGGGCCCGCGCCGUCUGCUAUGCCACCCGCCAGAUGCAGUUCAAGCACCGGGCGGAGCACACGGUCAACACCUUGGUCUCUGCCGCUGUGAGCCAGCUGGAGGCCAUGAAGCUUCUGAAGGACGGGCAGGAGGAGCUGAAAGAGCUGACUGCGGAGUCCCUGCACAAGGUGGUGAGCAGCCAGCAGGAGCUGCUGCUCCAGCAGGAGAAGCUGCAGGACAGCCAGCUGCAGGUAGAAUCCUCCAUCCACAGCAACCUGGAGCAGCUGACCCAGGAGAAAGCCUUGAUCGCCAGCGGGCAGCAGCAGGUGGCUCAGCUCAUUGAGGGCAUCACCAAGAGGAUGGAGAAUGUCAGCCGCCACCUGGAUGACCAGGACCUGGAGCUGCAGCGAGGACACAGAGCCAUCCUCACCGACCUGGCCCAGAUGCAACGGCGAACCCAGGAGGCCUACUCCAAAAUAGGUACCGUGACUGCUGCUGGGCCGGCAGGCUGCCCACGGCUGGCUGCAUGGUGGCUCUUGGGGGAGGGGGACAUCGGCCUCUUGCGGGAGGAGCUGAGCGCGCUGGAGGAGCUGAGCUGCCUGCAGGGUGAGUGA